GCUCAACACACCUGACAGUGUUGUAAAGAUGGACAAGAAAGCUAAACAUUAGUAUUAUAGAUACAUAUAGAAUUACGUACAGAUCCAGACGUUGAUAAAAACAAUCACAUUCAUUGCAAGCUCGAUUUGUAGAGCCACGACUAAUAAAGAUGGAGGAGGGACCGCUACAAGUACAUUCUUUAUUAGUACUUCGUCUAGAGAACAAAGGGAGAGCAUAUUAUAACGACGCUGCAUUUGGUUUUUGUUAGAGCUCGAGGAAAGAGGAAUCUUCAAUUUCACUCUCACUCAUUGUUGCAACUAUAAAGUAGAAGAGAGCCGGCAUAAUGACAACAAUGACUGGCACGUCUAUAGGUGGCUCUCUUGCUAGCGCUCCAACAAGCAAGGCCGCGAACAACGACGAAUACGACCAGUUGCUCCGAUCUGCGAUAGGUAACGCAGCCUCGCCUGCGUCAUCCUCAGGAACACGGCUACGCAAUUUGUCCUCCAGUGGAGACAGCGAAUUGGACGGACUGACGUCCGCAAGGAGAGACCUAGAAGAGCGAGAACGUGCUAAGCAGAAGUGGGUUGGCGCUCUGAACUACGUAUGGGAUAAAAUCCACGCUGCAUGUUGGGUAGGGUUCACGUGCUGCCUCAUUUACUGGACAAACUUCUUCCGUGUCAUAUGGGAGUCACCGCUUGUGAACAGGAGUUAUCUGUAUGCCGGAUUCGGUUGCCUCGCGUUCAAUAUGAGCUUACUCUUUUACCUCGCUUUGGUACUUGUAGUUUUUUAGGUCCAUCAAACAAAUCAAUGUUUUGUUGUUCUUGAAAGAAAGAAGGUCGACAUUGAUUUCAUCGAUUGCAGAUUCAAGAAUGCUUUUGCUGCUCUUCAAUGAAUCUAUAGCAUCAAAGUAGGUCUGCGACUACUGGCUUCAACUUCCGAAAGGGGAAAUCGAAAAGCGAGUCCCGUUCGCCACUCCUGCGAUGCUUGUCGCCGGAGGUGGCACAUUCUGCUUUUUCCUCGUAGCUCUCUACCCUGCGUUCGGAUUUCUUCUUACUGUUGGAAUCCAGUUCACGUUUUUCAUGGGUUUCCUGAAUUCAGGGCAUUUUUUGCCGAGUGGUGUCCUUGGGAGUAUCCUUAUGUUCGUCAUCUUCUUCGGCGCCUUCUUCACUAGCAUUGUGAUACCGCACGAAGGACUCGCACAUCGAAAGAUAAACGUCGCUUUGGCCAAUGCGGAGGGGAGAUAGCGAUGACCGAAAAAGAGAAGACGGUCACACAUGUAUGCUGUCACGUUAUUUUUACUAGAUCAUGAAUCAUGAUUCAACCUAGUAGUUUACUAGGCCGAGAAGUCUUAAAAAUAUUGUGCAGCCGCUGUGGAUGUGGUGCAGCAGAAACCCACAAGCUUUAUCGAUGCACGAGUAAAAGUAAUACUGAAAAUCCAGAUUGAAAAUAAGUAACGAAACAAUUUUUAUCG